AUGAAGGCUCAGUGCUCGAGAAUUCCACCGGACCAAUCCCCGUGUCCUUGGCCUCCCCGUGCCUUCAACCUGCAGUUUGAAAAGCCCGACGAGACCCCAGAAAGUGCGGAGCCCGUGGAGAAUGCCAAGAUUACCUUCAACGGGUUUGGCAAUCCGGCUCAUGGACUGAAGCUUAAUGGUCACCACGUUGGCCCCGAGGACUUGAGUUAUCAACCUGGAACCAGUGGCUGCACUUUCGGCAGCACUGUUCGGGUUGAUGGACGCCCUGAUCCCACUCCCGUCGUGGGCCACUUCGACUUCACGCCCUCCUACACCAGUGCGCUUGGCAGUCUGGAAGUGGGUGAGCAUGACUAUCCGGUCACCCUGGAGCCCGCGUGGGUGACUUUUAAUGCGGAGGUCUCGGUCAACGCAGGCGCGUACUGGGACACUGCCGCCAAGAAGUUGGUCUGGGACGAGAAAGGCGAGGCAUGGAAGAAGGCUUCCUGGGAACAGUCCAUGCAAUUUGCAUAUCGGACAGUGACGGAUCCUGAUGACGAUGACGAUGACGAACCUCUGACCGUCAUUGAGAAUUGCUUCACCGACACCCUCUCUAAGCCACCCACGCGCUUUCCUCUGAUGCUGAAGGAUCACGGGGACUUCAACUGCGCAUUUGAGACUGUCAAUGGCCAAAUUACGAUGGAGACCACCGUGUGGGAUUCCGAGAUUUUCCCACCGACUUCAAGAAAGAACUCCCCCGUCAAGUCCGUCUUUCCGUCUUCCUUUGUGGCUCGGUUCGAUUGGGGUGGGAUGUCAUUUACUGGUGCUUUCAAGGACAAAGACGGCAAUGUCGUCGCGGUAAGAGGCGAUGUAUCCGACGAUGACGAGUCUCCUCUGCUCCCUGCACUCGCGAAGAAAGAGGGAGCAUCCCUGGCGAAAGACGUUAAUUAUCCUCUCAACUAUUUCGUCGUGCCUAUCAGCGCCCCAACAGCCAGUCCCCCGAUAGGUUUAAAAGUGAAAGGGCUAAUGGGGAACGACACUAUGAUCCAGGACGAGAAGGAUCCUACCGGGUGGGCUGACUCGGUGAGCAAGCUGGCCAUGCAGGAUUUCCACGAUAUCAUCAUCUUCUACAUGGAUCAGGAACUCAGAGACACCUUCGUGGGUAAAAACCCAGCGCUGAAUGCUAACAUUAAGGCUAUUGCGCUGAGUGGCGGAGAUGAGACUGCAAAGUUCUACAAAAGCCUGCAGGUUCCGUACCUGACUGCGAUGCUGGCAAACACUACGGUAGACGAAGCAAAGAGUUGCAACGGUGUUCGAGCUGAGAAGCUCCUCAAGGAAAUCCCCGCGGACAGCAAGGUCUACAAAGCCCAGUCCGCAGCGUUGUAUCGCUUCCGGUACCUUGAGAAGUUUCCGGACACCAAGAGGUUUAUUCAGGACCAGAACGACAAGGACUAUUCGGCGGCGAUUGACAAGACAACCGAAGUAAUGAAGCGGCUCUUGCGCAAGAAUACCAGCGGUCUAGAGGCCAGUAAUCCCAAGGGUGCCGAUAGUCACAAGGCCAGCGUGGCCAAAGCAGAAGCAGACAUCGACAAACUAGGCAAGUGGGCAAAGCAAGAAAAUCUUUACUGGGCGUUGCGUCUACUUUACAUGGUCCAGAAGAGUCAACUGCCGCAAUGGUAUGCCAUGUAUAUGAAUGGCAACCUGAGUUCCAGCAUCGGCAUGAGAAUCAAACAGCUAAAUGGUGUGUUUGAAAUCCUUGAGAACAACAAGAUCAAUAAAGACGGGAUGAGCUUUUCGGAAGCAUACAACGACACCAUUCGGGCCUUUCAAAUGCGUUCUAUUAUCCCUCAGUUGGUCGACCUGGACGGCUGCUACAGUGAUUUCGACUCGGUCCUCAAGGAGAGUCUCAAUCAAUUCUGGCUUCACUACAAGGAUAGCAAAGACCCCAAUCUGGCCGAGCAGGCUAACCAGGCCAAGCAGCUCUACAUGAAUGAAGAGCUCCGACAUAAGUUCAUGACCUCCCUCAGGGCCUCGAGUCGAUUGUCCAGUGCAGCGUCAUCGUGGAGUGUGAUCGUGCAAAUGUGGGAGGAGACCGUCCGGACGCAAAGCUGGUUUAAGGCAGCACUUGUCGUAAACGAAAAGUUCUUUACAUGCAUGAAGUAUGUUGCUGCAGGCGCUCUAUUGGUGAUGCCUUUCUUACCCUUCUGGUCGACGAUGAGCACCGCGGACAAGGUGAUGUGGGGAAUGUAA